AUGUCCAGGAAAAAGACCCCCAAGAGCAAGGGGGGUAGCGCGCCCGCUACCUCCGCACUGCCCGCCACCCACGGGUCCCGGCCCGUGCGCCCCGGGACUGCGCGCCCUGGCCCCGACGCACCUCCCAACGGGCCCCCGCAGCCCGGCCGGUCUUCGCUUGGCGGCGGUGGCGACUUCUACGACGUCGCCUUCAAGGUCAUGCUGGUGGGAGACUCAGGCGUGGGGAAGACCUGCUUACUCGUGCGCUUUAAGGAUGGGGCUUUCCUGGCAGGGACCUUCAUCUCCACUGUGGGCAUCGACUUCCGGAACAAAGUUCUGGAUGUGGAUGGCAUGAAGGUGAAGCUGCAGAUCUGGGACACGGCUGGCCAGGAAAGGUUCCGCAGCGUCACCCAUGCCUACUACCGAGACGCUCAUGCACUGCUGCUGCUCUAUGACGUUACCAACAAGGCCUCCUUCGACAGCAUCCAGGCCUGGCUGACAGAGAUCCAGGAGUAUGCCCAGCAUGACGUGGUACUCAUGCUGCUGGGGAACAAGGUGGACUCUGCCCAGGAGCGUGUGGUGAAAAGGGAGGAUGGGGAGAAGCUGGCCAAGGAGUACGGGCUGCCGUUCAUGGAGACCAGCGCCAAGACGGGCCUCAAUGUGGACUUGGCUUUCAUGGCCAUAGCAAAGGAGUUGAAGCAGCGCUGCAUGAAAGCUCCCAGUGAGCCUCGCUUUCAGCUGCACGACUAUGUCAAGAGGGAGGGCCGGGGGGCCUCCUGCUGCAAACCCUGA